AAAAAGGUCAUGCUCUUCAUUAGAAAAGCAUUCUUCUACUGAAGAACAUGUCCUCUUACAUCAUCUACGUGUAUCAGUAUUGACUAUAUCUUCUGACAUCUUUGUUAAACAUGUAAAUUUAAUAUUAACAGGUCAGGCACUAAAUACAGAGGAUGGAUCUACCUUACAUAAAAUGUUAAAAUCAUUUAAGAAAAUGUUACUAACAUAUGUAAAAGGGUAUGAUUUGAAGAAGAUUGCUGUGACAACAGUUCUUUUAGAAGGAAGCAAGAUGGAUGUACAAAUGUUGUAUUCACAAUUAAAUCAAAUUGCUCGCAAAUAUGGUGGAAUUGCUGCAGGUGAAGAAAAUGGCAAAUUAGGUUACUUUCUAACAUUUAUUAUAGCCUAUCUCAGGGAUGAAGGACUAAAGUAUGGAGUUUUUGGAGAAUCCUUUGAAACAUCUAUAUCAUGGGAUAGAAUUACUGACAUGGUACAAAAUGUAAAAGAUCGAGUGAUCAGAGAUGCACAGUUUUAUAAUAUGACAUAUAUGCCACUAGUUAGUAGUCGUGUGACUCAAUGUUACGAAACGGGUGCCUGUGUUUAUUUUUAUAUUAUAUUUAAUCAAGGGCGACUUGAAAAUCCAGUUGAAAUACACAAGUUAUUAGAGGAUGGUGCCAGGGACGAAAUAUUGCAAAUAGGAGGAAGCCUUUCACAUCAUCAUGGAGUUGGAAAGAUAAGAAAAAAGUGGUUUGCUAACACAUUAACAGAACCAGGAAUAGGCAUUUUAAAAGCCAUUAAAGAAUAUAUUGACCCAGAAAAUAUUUUUGCAUGUGGAAAUCUACUUUGAAAUCUUAGUUUAUUCACAUGAAUUUGUAUGUUAUAUAUAAUUAUGUAAUUCAAGAGAA